UGCAAAAUCCCAUUGAAGAUUGAUGAAUGCAGCUUGCAGUGUGAUAUGACUGAAUGAGCCAUAAAAGUAACUCAUCUCACUUGGUAAAUGAAAGCACAUAUUAGUGUGAUGCACAAGAUACGUUACACUAACGUGGUGGGUUCUCUUGCUUAUACAGCAAAAUAAUCGGUGCGCGAGAAAAAAAUUAUUUUUGCAUAACCCUUGUACACACUGACUUAAGGAAAAUGAGCUGGAGCUGUCCACAUGAUGUACUUAUUUUACCUGCGAGUAUGGUCAACAAAAAUGUGUCCCAGCUGCUUAGUGGUAUUCCAGAUUAUGUCAGUAUUGCAUAUGUGCCUGUUGUCGAAAAUAAUUGAAUUUUGAAAGUGCUCGCAGGGAUCUGAUGUGCAUAUCUGCAGUUUAUGGAUACAUGUAAAAGACUCAGCAUCAAGUGCAAGUGAACGGUCCCACAGGCCCGGAGUCGAUCAUGCAAAUAGAUUCGCUGCACAAAUUUGUGACAUGAAAUGGCAUGCAAGGAAGUGUUGAAAAUAUUCCACAGUUAAUAAAACGCCUAAGCUAUUAAUAUGUGGGUUGAUGCACUCGUUAUGCAAAACGGAGGUGAGGCGUGCAGACAGGAAACAAGAGUAGAGUAUUUACAAGCAAACAACACGCGCGCCGCCCACUUCUCUACUCUUGUGUCCUGUCUGCACGCCUCACCUCUGUUUUGCAUAAUGAAUCCUUACGAACUAGCUCAGCUUUCUGUCGUUCUAAGUCUCCAUGCACUCUAUUUCGUCCGCAUUAGGCACUCGCCUCUUGAUUACUUCGUGGCACAGAAAUACUCGGUCAUCAGGCUGUUUUUCUGCUGUGGCCUUUGUAGAAGCAUGAUUGUUCAAAGUGCAACAAUUAAACAGAUUCUUUGAGUUGCUUGUGGCUUCGCCAAUACAAUUCCGGUGCGCUGGUCCGCCUGUCCAGCAAUUUCCUACUGAAGGGAAACCUGCAAAUAAAAACACCGCUCCGCAUGCAGAAAAAUGCUCUACUGUGACGCUUCUCGAACGAUUGUGAUGUAUCACAAGAGCUGCCUACUCGCGUGAUAUUCUCAACAAGGAGAUACAUUCGUUUACUUACAUGUGAAGGUAUAUGCCAGACCACUUCGGGGCUUCGGUGGCACAUAAGGCACGAGUGUGUCAUAGCGUCCGAUGUCGACGCGCGAUCGCAUGUCAAACCAUUGGUCAAACGAAACUACUACGCAUCCAAAAAACAGAUUCGAAACCGAAAUUCGCGUCAUCCUUUAUUGCAUGAAUGCGUACAUCGUGAUUUACAUAAGUCACGGACUUAGCGAUCGCUUUCUGUAAACUUAAUAUUAACGUACCACCUUCAUAAAGCCAUCAGGUAUGCGUUUUUAGGUGACAAAGCAUAAGGUGACCUGUACUUGUUCUCAGCUCUUUCAAUAGUAAUUGCGCUGGCCACAUUGACCAGUAGCAACAGGGCGGCGCCCUAGAGGUUCCCACUUUUCCGGCCCAGCUUUUCCUCUAGAGUUGUUCUACUAACUCUAUGCACUUAAAGCUUCAUUUACACUUCGAUCACAGCGCCACCACUGUAUUUUUCGUCGUCGCGCGUCUCACUGCAAAGGACUCUAUGCUGCAAAGCAUGUGCCGUUGUCCAGUCGUUCGCGCCAUAGAGCUAGUUCCCUACGAAAAUUGUUCGUCCCACUCAACCGUAUUUUAGCACACUCUAAUCAAUUCACAGCGCACUACCAGCCGAGUGGCGUACUGCGAUCGGUAGCGGUGUACAUCUUUAAAACCUUCUAAUUACAGGCUUUACACGGAGCACUUAGAUGCGUCAAUUAAUGAUCAGAAGGACCUACCCCAACGACUCGGUACGUUAGUACAAAAUCCGCAAAAUCGUUUCAGGGUACCUGUAAAGCUUUGCCACAGUUGACACCAGCAAAAUUUUAAACUGCGCGAAGACGGGACAUGAACAGAAACAUAGACGCAUAUGUGUGUCUACCCGCAUCACCACAGCCUUCCACGUUAAGCGAGCAACUUGCAAACGGCGAACGCUUAAGUCACGCGCGAUGUAUAAUACAUCGGUGUCGCCGCAAGCGCCGAUCUAUCAGCAGCGGAUCGCGUCGACAACAUCUCUUCCGAGCAGUUCAGAGCGCUCGCCACCCACCAACCUCGCUUGGCUGGUCGUAGGUUUCAUAGUUUCGAUAUUGGCAAGGUCUGCAGAAGUCGACCCGAGCAAGAGCCCACCUUACAAAGCGUUCUGUUCCGUGGAAAAGAGGGGUUGACUCCCCCCCCCCCCGCUAUACCAGUGAAGGCGCAAAAGCACCCCUCUGUUUUGUGGUUGACUACCCACAACACAUCUGCCUGUCGGUCCCCAGAGCUCGGCAUUCAACGGUCGCACGAUGAGCGCAAAAAUCUGGAGACCUGAUGCGUUGGACUUCCCUGAAGUGGCCUCGGAGUUGGCUAGCGUGUUUGAGUGCCCCAUAUGUUUCGACCUUAUCAUGCCUCCCAUCACCCAGUGCGUGAACGGCCAUCUGCUGUGUUCCUCGUGUUCCAAGAACAUUUCCUCCGUGUGUCCACUUUGCCGGGAACAGAUCAGCCACACCCGUGCCUUGGCUAUAGAGAAAGUGGCAGGAAAACUUCCCUACCCAUGCAGCUAUUCGUCUAAUGGUUGCACUGCUCAGCCGCUCCUGAAUCAGAAGCCGGAUCACGAGAGGACGUGCGAUUUCAGAACGUGUCCCUGCAUAUUUGCGGAUGUGACGUGCAAGUGGACCGGCACUGCAAAACAGAUGGUUGCACACGUCCGUGAGGCCCACCAGAACUCCAUUGUCAAUGGUGACAAGAUGAAAUUCGUCGCCACGAACGUGGACAGCAGAGAUCCAGGCGUGUGGAAGGAAGUUCAGUCGUGCUUGGACCAAAUGUUCGUGGUUGUUCUCUCGCGCGAGGAGAAUAUCAAAAGUGUCAACCAGUUCUAUCUGCUGGUACAGAUCCUGGGUACACUGAAGGAGUCCAAGAAAUUUGUCUGUCAGCUUAAGGUGCGAGGAAAUGGUCACCUGCUCACGUGGUCAUCACCGCCGAGUUCAAUAGUGGAAGGAGUCGAGGCAGUCAUCGCGCGAAGAGACUGCCUCGUCUUCGGCGAGCAAGCCUUCACCUGCGAAGGGAGUCUGACCGUCGACGUCACCGUGACAGUCAACAUCAGAGAAACUAUGUAGUACAUACUGUAUCGGUCGUGGUUUUGCCGAAAGAAGCGACCACGGCUCGGUCGGGUGUCAACAGAACGUUGAACCCCAGGCGUUUAUUGAAAGUGAAAAUUAUAUUGGCAGUUGAAAGACUGGUGAUUACUGCCUCAUUGCUUCUGCAAUCACGUGCAUCGAGCUGGCGCUCAGUCAAUCGGCGUGCUUCAAGGCAAUACCCUUCACAGUGACAUCACAACGGCUAUUUUUACACAUUGAAUCAGCCACGUAAGUAGUGAAACUGGUGCAGUGACAUCCGCAACAGUGAAAUAAUUCACGAGAAAUCACCGACAACGAGGACAGUGGCUUUCGGUAUACAGCCACUUCCACGAUGCUCAAGCCACGAUGCUCAAGCAUCGGACAAAGUAACAUCCCUGUGUGUGCAGCACUUGCUGGUGCCAAAGGUGUUAAGUGAGCUGCCAUUUCGCUUGCACAACACUUGUCAUUAUUGUGCUCAUCACUGUCUUGUUUCCUGUCAAAUUUUGCAGUGAAAUUUCUGCUUUUUUCUUCGUGUAGCAAAGAAACGCGGUUGUUUGUGUGCUCUUAUCCUAUUUCGCACUUUGUAACCAUGCUCGGCGGCACUCUAUCUAUUGCGGCAGCGCGUACAUAUGUACACGAGAAAUCUCGGACAUGUACAUGUGCUAGAGCACUACAGUAGUAGUGUACUACUGGGUCUAGUUAAUACUGGGAAUAAAUAUCUUUUUUUUUU